AACGUCAAAAUAAAAACAAAUUGUCAUAUCAAAUUGUCAAUUACAUCGAAUUUUAAAAUUCAAAAGUAUUUAAAAACUCAUUUCUAAAUUUUAAUCUCAGAUUUUAAUAUGGUGACGUAAAAUUAUUAUUUUAUUAUGACCAACCUCUGUAUUAGAAAUUACUGCGAAAUAAAAUUUAUUACAUACUAUGUAUUCUGCUCAAUUCCAUACAGGCGCUAUAGAUAAUACUUGUACUCUCAGAAUUAGUACCUAAAUACUAUAGAAUGAGGUUUACAAUUCUUUGGAUGCUGGUUCUACUUCAAUUGCCAUAAGAGUCCACAUCGAGGAAAAUAAAUUACAGGUCAUUGACAAUGGACAAGGAAUUAUGGAAAGUGAUUUUAACUUACUUGGACAAAGAUACACUACAAGCAAAUGUGUCGACUUAAGUACAUUGAAAGCAGCUGCCAAUACUUAUGGUUAUCAAGGUUUAUCUUUAGCUAAUAUUGUCAAUAUUUCUCGAAAUGUUAAGAUAACCUCUAGAUAUGAAAAUAAUGAGGAUACAUGGUUGAAAAUAUUUUAUAAAGGUAAAACAAAAGAGUUAACUAAAACAUCUGUAAGACCAUCAAAAGGAACUACAGUUGAAGUGAAAGGAUUUCUUUACAAUCUCCACAUUCAAAGUAAGUCAGUUCACACAUUGAAUGAACUGAAUGAAAUAAAAACAUUUAUGCAACAAUUUUCAUUGAUACAUUGUAAUGUGUCAUUGAGUUUGAGAGAUGAUGCAAAAAAUGAAAUAAUUUUCCAAGCUCAUAAGAACAGAGAUAUGUGUCAAUCCAUACAGUUAUUAUUUAAUAUUGAUCCUCAAGAUAUACAACAGUUUAGAGUUGAGAAAAAUCAGUACAAAGUAACAGCUUUUAUUGGAAAAAAAUAUGAAGAUGGACAUACUCAUUGGAUUUAUUUGAAUGGGAAGUUCCUUUCUAAUAGUACAUUACAUAAAAUAAUAAAUGACAAUCUGAAAAAAUCUUGGAAGACUUCAAAAAAUGUUAAAACAAAGAAAACAGAAAAUGAAGAUCUAUAUUUAUUAAAAAACAAAAUACCAUUUUAUGUUAUAUUAUUGUCAUGCCCAUAUUAUGACUAUCACAUUAGUAAUACACCAAAACACACAAUAUUAGAAUUCAAAAGUUGGGAUGAAAUUACUAAAUUAUUGGAAAAGUUAAUAAAAUUUUACACGGGUGAUAAUAAUUUUGUAAAACAACUAAAACCACUUAAGAAAAUUGAAAAAAAUAAAGUUGAUGACACAAGAGAACAAGUUAGAAAAAUUGUAGAAAGACUUUUGAAAAAUAAUCCUAAAAUUGGAGUCUCCCAGAUGAACAAUGGUGUGAAAGGUAAAUUAAUAAAACGGAAGAUUAAAAAGAAACUACCAAACAUAAGCCUGUCAAAAGUUAUACCUCCUAAAACAGUUCCUGCGAUAAUACCACACAAGAUAUCAGAAAAUCUAGAGUAUUCAAAUGAAAGUCAUGACAGUAAUAUGCAUGCUGGAAAUAAAGUUGAAAAGGAUUUUAAUGUACCUAAAAAGAAAUCAAAAAGAAGGAAAAGACUUAAAUCAAAAAUAGGAUUAAAUAAAGUAUCAAAUAAAAUGGAUUUCAACUCUAAGAUGAAUGACAAAAUACCCGCAAAUAAAGAACUCGAUUCAGAUAUUUUUUUACCAACUAUAAAUUCAAUUAAAUCUGAAGAAAAAUAUAUAAAUAAGAAGUGUUUUAAAAAUAUACCUUUGAAUAAAAAGUUAAAUAGUAUUGAGACAUGUGACAUGGUAGAUAUUUCUAUGCAACAUUCUCCAAGCUGUGUAAGUAUAAGUGAAAUGACAAAGAGUAGAAACAAACUGUCUAAUGAUGUAACAGAUCAAAUAAAUGUUUCAGCAUGGAAGAAAAUUGAUGAAACCAUUAUCCAUGACUAUUUACCACAUCCUUUAAAAUGUACUCAACUGUCUCAUAUUAACCAUAAUUUAAACCAAGAGAGCAAAAACAAUCAGAACCAUAUAUCUUCACACAAUCUUUUAAAGACUGUUUUAAAUACUCAAAUUUGUAAUAUAUCUAACAUACCCAAAUAUAAUAGUCCCCAUACUCCUAGAUUGGCAGAUCAACCUUGGAAUUUUAAACUGAAAGCAAGUAUUAAAUCUUCAAAUUGUACGCAUAAUGGUAUAUUUCUGUCUAAAUUUACAUAUGAGAGCCACAAUUACAAUAAACAUAGCAUGCCACGAUCUAUACACACUUCAGAAAAGAAAAGAUCCAAAUGCCAAUUUAUUACAAUAAAUUCAAUGGAAAAGUUCCUCAAUUACAAAGAAACAUAUUCUUCCAUUUCUAAAAAGAAGAACUAUAAAAAGCAACGCAAAAUAAAAGGGAAGUUUAAUAAUGUAAAGGAACAAAUUGCAACAUGGAAAAAAAACAACAAUAGAAAUGACUUGCAAAAGUUAUCAUAUGGAAUUGAAUUUUCAAAAUAUAACAGUAGUCUAUUAUGUGACGAUUUUAUCCACGAAUAUAGAACUAAGAGAACAUCAUCAUUUGUUGGUGAUUUAAGAAAAAACAAAUCAAUAGAUUUAUUCUCUGAUAAAGAGAAUUAUAUAAGUAAUUCAGUUAAUGCCAAUAUAGGCCAUACUUACACCAUAUUAUCAAAAUGUAGUGUUACUGAAACUCAAAAAGUACUUAUUGAAAAUUGUGAUCUCUCAAAAGAUACAUAUAACUGUAACGAUAAAAAAAAUAAAAAUUAUAAAACUGAUUUCAAUAAAUUUUACAAUAACAAGUCAUCAAAUAGUGAUAUUUACAAAACUAAUGUGAUUAUUUCUACCAACAUUGAAUCUAUCACAUCUAUUAAGAAUAUUGAACCUGUCAAUGUUUGCGAAGCAAUUAUAAGUAAUAAUAGUGACGAUGUUGUAGAAAAAGAAUAUGAAUUAAAUUCAGAAUAUAAUAAACUACACAAUACACUUAGUAACGGCCAAUCAAAAAACAAUACUAUAAGUCAUGCACAUGAAAUAAAUGAUCUCAUUGUGGGUGAAAUUUCACACCACUUUCGAUCAUUUCCCGAAAGUGAUUAUAAAGAAACAGAAAAUCCAAUCAGGAUUAAUACUUUAAACGAAGAUCAAUCAAAAUAUGGAUACAUCAAUCAAGAAUUUAAUAAUCUACACCAUAAAAAUAUUGGUGAUGCUUUAGAUAAAGAUGUUAAUAAUUUCAACAUACAAACCAGAUAUAACUUUGUACCUAAAGGAUUAUCACCAAUUUUUCAAAACUGUUACACAAAUAAUGCAUGCAGCUACAAUCUUGAAAAGGAUUAUUUUGAAGAAAAUGUAUACCACAACUUUAUCAAUGACGUGUAUAUCAAUUGUGAAGUAUUCAAACCAAUACUACUGAAUAUCUCUGAUAUAAAUACUGCAGAUAUUGAAAGAGUCAAUACAAAACUUCACAAAGAAAACUCCUCCAUAACUUUUGAUGCAAUAGCAUUAAAAAGUGCUAAGGUUUUGGGUCAAGUAGAUUGUAAAUUUAUUGCAGCUAUUAUGAAAGCAAGUGAUAAAUCAACUGAUUACUUAGUCUUGUUUGACCAACAUGCUGUACAUGAACGGAUUAGAUUGGAGACAAACUUGUCAGAUUAUUUUAAUGGUUUUGAAUGGAAAAGUGUUAAAUUGGAUGAUAUUUUAGUCAAAUUAUCUGAGGAUGAGCUGCUUUAUGUACACAAUUACAAAGAUAAAUUUACUUCUUUUGGAUUGGCUUACACGAUUUUCAACAAAUAUGAAAUCUCUAUAAAUGCAAUACCAGAGGCUAUUCUUGGUAAAAAUUCUAGAUCGGUGGAAAAAGUGAUUGCUGCUGUAAAGAAUCUUAUUCUUGAAGAAAUUAAUACGAUAAAAUCACAAAAGGGCUGCAUUUCUAUGUAUCCAAAAUCUAUUAUGGACUUAGUUUUCAGUGAGGCAUGCAGAUACGCAGUAAAAUUUGGUGAUAAACUUUCAAAGGAUGAUUGCUCUUCAUUCUUACAAUCUCUAUCUGAAUGCAAAACACCUUUUCAAUGCGCACAUGGCAGACCAGUUAUGGCGGUACUAACGAAUAUUCAAUAUACUAAAAAUGAUUACAAGGUAAUAAGACACAUUUUUUUGUAUACUAUAUUUCUUCACUCUUUAACUUUAGUAGAUACCUGUCUCUGUAUACUUUCGAUGGAUCUAUUUUCAACGUAUAACAUAAUUAUUUACUACGUCCUUAUAAAAUUCUUAGUGGAAACUGUAUAUUAAUGCAUUUCACAAAAAAACUCUUUCACCUAGAGGUCAGCGUUAUUAGCUAGCGAUACUUUAUUAACGCUAUGUAUCAUUUAUCAUAAUAUAGAUAGUAAUUAUGGAUACUAUUCUUAAUUUAUGAUAGUAAUAAAUGCCUGCAUAUGCAUAUUUUUAUGCAUAUAAAAAUAUUUCAUAAAUAAUGGUAAAAUUUGAAUUAGUUUAAUUUUGAAGUAGAAAUAAGUAUUACGUUGUUAUAGACGGCACAUACAUUUUAUUCUUUGUUAAUUCUUUAAACAAAUUUGAUCUUAUUUCAAUUAAUAUUGCUUUGUAUGCACUUUCUUUCAGACAAAUGUUACCAAACUUAUAGCAUUUAAGGAUAAUGUUGCGAAUACUUUUAAAUGACUUAGAGUGAUAACAAAAACCAGAUGUAAGAUUAUUAAAAUACAUUAAACUA